AUGUUGUCUCUAGUGCUGUUAGGGUGUGUGUGCUUCGGAACACUAGUGUCCUGUACAGGUCCAGGUUCCUGUACCGGAGCUGGUGCAUGUUCUGGACAGGGUUCAGGAUCGGGGACAGGAACGUGUACUGGAGCCAAUUCCUGUUCAGGAGUGAAAAGCGGUGGUGGUCAGCGCUCUUGUACUGCAGAGAGUUCGUGUAGCGGAGAAGAAUCGGGAAGCGGAAUUGGGUCGUGCACGGGAGCUACUUCAUGCGGAGGACCCAAAAGCGGCGGAGGCACAGGUUCGUGCACUGGAGCCGGCUCAUGCAAGGGAGCUCAAAGCGGCGGAGGCACGGGUUCUUGCACUGGAGAAGGUUCGUGCAGAGGAGCCCGAAGCGGCGGAGGCACGGGUUCUUGCACUGGAGCCGGUUCGUGUUCUACUCCGGACUCGGUCGGGCUAAUAUCCUUUGUGGUACUGUUUAUGGCGAUAUUAGUAUCACCAGAAUCAGCAUUUCCGAUGUUUUUGUCAUCUGAAGAUCCUUUAGACUCUUCUUCACAUUGUGUUAUAAUACUAAGCGCCAUCUUGUUGGUAUGCAUGAUCCAGUUAAUGCAUUGUGAUGAUGAAAAGUCGCAACCAUCUAAAAAUGAAAAUAAUUCAACAAGCUCCGUAUCCAGCAUAGACUCCAUCAUACAAAAUAUUGGCCAAAUCAUUAUUAUAUCCAGCGUUAAUAUGAUAAUAUGUAUAACUCAAUCACUGGCUUGUGGAAAAGUCAAAAGAGAAGUACCAAGAGAGUCGCCAACUGAAGAAGCAGAAUUGAAAUUAAAGGAAGCUAGGACCUUUAUUAAUUACUUCAGGCUCCUUUGCUCUUUGUCUGAAUUACCCGGUGUUGAUAUUUUUAUGAAAAGUGUCGAUAAAGUUAAAAGUGAUAAUGGGCCAAGUAAUUUAUUGAGUAUUUAU